AUGGGUAAGCUUGACGUAGCUAUUCUGCGUUACCUGACCGGAGAGGAUUUUCGGGUCUUGACUGCAGUGGAAAUGGGAAUGAAGAAUCACGAAUUAGUACCUGGUUCGUUGGUAGCGUCAAUCGCUAAUUUGCGCCAUGGAGGUGUCCAUAAAUUGAUGAAGGAUUUAUGUAAACAUAGACUACUGACAUAUGAACGUGGAAAACAUUAUGAUGGAUACCGUCUCACUAAUUCUGGUUAUGAUUACUUGGCACUUAAAGCUCUCACAAACAGAAAAGUGAUUUCAUCCUUUGGAAAUCAAAUAGGAGUGGGUAAAGAGUCCAACAUUUAUAUAGUAGCUGAUGAAGAUAAAACUCCACUUUGUCUUAAGUUGCACAGACUUGGUCGAACGUGUUUCCGUAAUAUUAAAGGAAAACGUGAUUAUCACGCCCAUCGCAACCGUGCUUCAUGGCUUUAUCUAUCUAGAAUUUCUGCAACGAAAGAAUUUGCUUAUAUGAAAGCUUUGUAUGAUAGAGAGUUUCCAGUCCCCAAGCCAAUAGAUUUUAACAGGCAUUGUGUUGUUAUGGAGUUGGUUACUGGCGGGCCCUUAACACAUGUGACUUCAGUAUCUGAUGUAGAAUGGCUAUAUGAUGAGCUGAUGGGAUUAAUAGUGCGGCUUGGAAAUUGUGGAGUUAUACACGGUGAUUUUAAUGAGUUCAACAUUAUGAUCAGUGAAGAUGGCCAACCUAUAAUUAUUGACUUUCCGCAAAUGGUUUCUAUAAGACAUCCAAAUGCUCAAUUGUACUUUGAUCGUGACGUUCGCUGCAUUCGGGAAUUCUUUAAAAAACGAUUUGGCUAUGAAAGUGAAGAAUACCCUAAGUUCUCAGACUUAGAGAGAGAUGAUGAACUUGACGCUGAAAUAGCGUGUUCAGGUUACAAAAGGAAUGAAACGCUUGAAAAUGAAUUGCUUGAGGAAAUGGGAAUUGGCCUAGAAGUAAGUGAUGCAGAAGAUAAUGAGGAAUGUGAAGAAAUUGAUGACAAAGCAAGUUCUCGAUUAGGAGAAGAAGAGAUUGCAUUGCUUCGUCAAGAGGUUGAGGCAUCUAUUAGACACGACGAGACAAUACACACAGUCACAGCCAAAACAAACGAGUUAACAUUAGAUGAAGAAAUACCUACACUCGUUGUGCCACCAGUUAAAACAGAAACUUCUAUCGAUAGGAUAAAUCAUGAAUGUGACAUAGAAGCUAACAAUGACAGCUCAAACACAGAAGAUAAAAAUUCACAGAAGUACAGAUUAGCUAUGAUCGAAAAAGCACUGUCAGAUGUUAGGUCCAUGAGAUCUUACACGUCUGCUAGUACAAUAGCGCCAGAAGUGAUCAAGAAUCAAGUAAAAAAGAAUUUGGAGCUGAGGCAAAAGAGACAGGAAAGAAAGAAGGCGAUCGCUAAGGGAGAAGCGAGUGCGGUUACUAGACAAAGGAGAGAUAAUAAGGAGACAAUAAGAGAGAGUCACGGUUUGUGGGGAUGGGCUGAAUAA